AUUUUGCAUUUGGCUGUGAUGCUGAAGCAAAUUAAGACUGUAAAAUACUUAUUGUCUCUUCCUGAAGUAAGAUCAGAAGCAGAAACCAGCGUCAACCACAAAGGUCUCAGAGCUUGUGACCUACUAGUUGGUGACGACGAUCAAUUCCCAAGAGACUUCAAAAGCCUCAAAAUCCAAUGCAUUCUCAUGGAUGCCAACCUUACAUCAAGCCAAAACCGCGACAAACCCGGAAAUAAUAAACAACUAGCAGCAAGCAAGAGAAAAAAGAAAUCAGGCGGCUUCUUCCUCAGGAGGUGGUGGCGCAAACUGAAAGAGUUAUUGAAAUACAAAGGCCAAUGGAUGGACGACAAGCGAGGCUCCAUCAUGGUGGUCGCUACGGUCAUCGGGACGAUGACGUUCACGACGGCAAUGAGCCCUCCGGGAGGUACAUGGCAGGAAACCACGAUCGAAUCGUUCAACGGCAUGUUCAAGUGCAGCAAGGAGAACAUGUGCCUCGCAGGAACCUCAGUGAUGGCGCAACUAAAUCCGGAUACGUACUCCAUUUUUCUGCUUUGCAUUAGUUUAUCGUUCCUUGCCUCUAUUAGCGCGAUCCUGCUGCUGGUGAGCGGGUUCCCGAUCAAGAACAAGAUCUGCAUGUGGUUGCUGACAAUGGCCAUGUGUGGAGCGCUUACGUUCAUGGCUAUCGCUUUCCUGAUUGGGUUGAGGAUGGUGUCACCCAAUUCCAUGGUGGAAAUAUACAUAUUCUUGGUUUUUUCUUGGUUUGGGGUGCUUUCGUUUGUGUGCUUGCUUCAGACGAUUCGCCUUCUCGUUUGGCUAGUGAGAAAAUUGUGCGGCUGCUGCAGACCCAAGAAGAAGAAGAAGAAGCCAAUCGAGAAUACGGAGGAUUAAUUGAUUUACACAAGCACAGUUUAUUUCUGAUUUGGACUACUUUUGUUGUGGAAUAUGAUCUCUACGAAAUGAUAUAUA